GAAAGAAGGAAAAGGAGGAUUUAGGGAAGGAAAUCUAUUGCGAAUCAGUUCAAGAAGCUAUAGCCCGAUCGGGAAGGGUACUAAAUCGCGUCGAGCGCUGGAAGAUUCUCGAGCUAGGAGUGCUUGGUUUAGGGGCAAUGACGCUUGAUUAUAGAGAGAAAAUGCGGAAUGAGGCAGUUCGGUUUGUGACAUACAACGUGAACUUUGCUUCUAGAAAAUUCUCAAACUACAAGAUAAGAGCUGACAGUAUAAUUGUCGAGCCGAACAAAGGGCCUGAAGCACCAUCCCUUAAAGAGAUUGUUGCAAAAGAGACUACCGAGCUGCUAGAGCGGCAACAGCGUCUCUCUGUUCGUGACCUGGCUAAGAAAUUUGAGAAGGGUCUGAACACUGCCACGAAGUUGUCUAAUGAGGCUAAGUGGAGAGAAGUGACUGACCGGCAUGUCCUUCUGAAGAAAUUGAAGGUUGUACUUGAAUCACUAAAGGGUCGCAUGGUGGGUCAAAAUAAGGAUGAAUUUGAGGAGGCAAUCUCUAUGGUGGAGACUUUAGCAGUUCAGCUGGCUCAAAGAGAAGGAGAGUUGCUUCAGGAGAAAUCAGAAGUGAAAAAGUUAGCGAUCUUUCUUAAAAAGGCUUCUGAAGAUGCCAAAAAAGUGGUUGAAGAGGAAAGGGCUUGUGCUCGUGUGAAAAUUGAAAGUGCUAGAGCAGCAGCGCAGAGAGUUGUACAGGCUUUUCAUGAACAUGAAAUGAAAACCAGAAGCACAGAGAAGCAGAAGGAUUUCGAACAGUUGAUGAGAGAAGUUCAAGAGGCACGAAGAAUCAAAAUGCUACAUCAGCCCAGCAGGGUUAUGCACAUGGAACAUGAACUUCAAGCUUUGCGUAUUCAGUAUGCUGAGAAGUCUAUGUCUUCUGUUCAGCUUAGGAAAGAGCUGGCAAGGAACAAAAGGCUUGAGGAAAACAUGAACCAGUUGUAUGAGUUAGAAGGUCUUGAAAGUUUAGGUUCAUCUUUACAUAUUAUUCCCCGAGAAGAUACUGCUCCGGAUAUCUCAACUUGCGCAAUUCAGUGGUAUCGUAUACAAUCAGAAGGAAACAAAAAGGAAUUAAUUCCAGGUAUAUAUCUCACAUUUGUUCCUUUUUCACUUUUGUAUGUAAACUCCUCUUCUUGUAAGACCAAUAGAAAUUUAACCAUAUAAUUUCCCAACUUCAUUUAUAGCUCCAUAAUUUUGAAAUAUAAAUUUUUAUGCCUUCAAUAUGGCAAAUCACAAUGAAUUUAUAGAACCUUCUAACUAUGAUUUUGGACAUUUGAAUGAUUAUCUUAUUUUUAUUUAGUGUUAGUGCUGGAUACAAUUAUCGUUUUACUUAUUUUUCUUUAUUUUUUUAUCCUCUUCCAAUCUCUAUACUAUAGAAGUCCAAGCAAU